AUGGAAGAAACCGUUGCGCAUAAAACGCCUCAGAUCGGAGCAAGCUGCUCAACAUGUCCCUCAAUUCCGGAUCGUGAAGCUUUUCAACGUGCCCUACGAGAAUAUAAUCAGAAAAUCAGCGAAAUAACACAAAAAAUCGAUGAUAUUGUUGGUAGAGAAGAUACUGUUGGACUGUUAUGUUCUUUGAAACAAAGCAAAGUGGAACCACGUGAGAGGAGAGACAAGCUGAAGGAAGAAGCUGAUAAAAUGAAAGUGGAAAUUAAUGAAAUUAAAAAGCAACUUGCCCAAAAGGUGGGCACAAUCUUAAACUUUUUCCACGAAAUUUGCAUAAGUUUACUGUGUUUUCGUAUUUGUUGGAUUAUCAAGAUUGUUCGGACAGCCAGUUUGGGGAAUUCGGUAUAA